CUCGAUUUCUGCUCAUGAACUCUUGUGAGUUUUGGAUGUUAAAUCUGAGUCUAAUCAUCUUGUUUUGGUGGAAACUGCACCUCAGUAUUGAUAAGAGAGGUUAGGCUCAAAGUCAGCAGUGAUGGAGUUUGAGGGUCAGUCUCUGAGGAAGGAUCAGAAACAUGGAAAUGUUUACCUUCAAGUAAAAAAGGGAUUUUGUUUUUAGUAAAACAUGGAGGAUUUAGCUUCGGUCCAUUUAUGGUGAACUCAUCAGUCAGGUUUUAGUUUUUCAGAGGAAACUCUCUGAGACCCCACAUGAAGCUUUUGUUUGGCUCUUCUUCACAACCUUCAGAACGUCUUCAGUCUCCUUUAGUUUCACAGAGAUGCUCAAGUUUCCUCUGCAGACAAGAACGUUGUACUUAUACUGAUGCUAUCUGCCUCUAUGUAAACAUAAAUAUCACAGUUAGCCUGUUUGUUUUUUCUCAGAGUGCAUUUUAGAUAAUAUUCUUCCUCUUAUUUUUACUUCAUAUCAUCCCUGACCCAAAAAACAGUAUUUCUACAUCUCAGUAUUUAUCAAAUCAAACAUUCUUGGAGACAGAAGUGGGGAGUACGCCUUUAACUUUCUCUCACCUCCAGCACCAAAGCCCGGCCCACCAGGUGAGGCUAAUGAGUCUGAUUAGCACACUGAGCAUGUGCAGCACCGGUAUAAAGCCUGGGCAGGUGGAGGUGAAGUCCAGCCCACAGCUUCUGUCUUCAGCUUUGAGCAGACUGUUGAGUGAAACCUGCUGUAGUGUCACACCUGUGUUAGGUUGAUCUUCUCUGACAGGUCCAUCAUGGUUUCCCUGGGGUGAGUCACAUGGUCUGAACUUACUGGAGUAAUGAGAACUUUUCCUCAGACUUAACCUUGUUUGAUCAGCGUUUGCUUCUUCUCAACAGGUUUGUGUGGAUUUGUUUCAUGAUCUUCGGCCUUGGAGCUGCUUUUCCUGCGACCAAAGGAGGUCAGUGUCAGUCAGAUCUUCAAGAGUGUCCCUCAAACUCAACUUUUAACAGAUGUACCAAACUUUAACUUGUGUUUUCAGGGCAUGCUAGUUGGGGCACAGGUGCUUCCAGUGGUCUCGGUGAAGGAUUUGCUUCUUACGGCGCUGGUGACUCUCAUGGUGGGUUCGGUGCUGCUUCCUACCCUGCUGGUGCUGCUCCUGGAGGAGAUGCGGCAACAGUAGUCUCUAGCGGCGCUCCAAGCUUCAGGUUUGACGGUCCUACUUUUGCAAACGAGUGGGCAGCUCUGCCAAAUAUCGGAUUCGAGUCCUUCGACCCAAAUGGCUGGAUGCCGUCUCGUUCCUUCCCUGACUUCACCGUGUGGGGCCCUGCAGAAGAAGAACCAGCAAACCCUGAUGGUAAAGGCAAAGGAGGUAAAGGUGUGCAGGAUGAGGAGGAGGAAGAGCAGGAGACCUUCUCUGUGCCGGCUUCAUCCUACAUCGUCCAGACCAGGAACGGCUACCAGAGAGCCAGACAAGUCACCUCUCACAUGAACUACUCCCCAGAGCUCCCUGAACCAGCAGUGAUCUACUACGAGGUGAUCCAGAGAGCAGAACCUCAGGAUGAACAAGUGAAGGGAGGCAAAGGAAAGAAACCUUAAAGGAGGUAAACUCGUCUAAAUCUAAGUUUUCUCAGAUCUCUUCAACACUUACUAACUUAAUCUUUUAUUCUUGCAGGUGUGACUAAGCAGAGCUCCAGCUGUCUUAAUGUGCGUCUGUGCUUUCAAUAAACUUUGACAUGAGACAAUACUCUCUGCUCUUCACUUGUAUAACUGAGUUCUUCUACCGCAAACAAAAGCAACUUGAGCUAAGAGGAGUUUUUGUUCUGUUUGAGGCUGGAAUCUGAAGAGCUGCACACUUUAAAAACUGCUUCAAAGUUUUUGGCUGUGACUGAGUCAAGGACAGAAAAUGAGAAUUUUUUUUUUAAGCAGCUAAUCUUUUUGCUGUACAAAAAUCAGAGUGUGGUCUUUGACCUUAGAGGAGGCAGACUUUCAAAGUUAAUAUAGGACUGCUCUGUGCCUUCAGUUAACCCUUUUUAUACAUGAUGUGAACCGUUUUAACCACCAGCAGGUUGCUCCACAACACUUUGUCAUCUCUUCCAUGACUAUUUGAGGUAUUGGAUCAGAAAUUAAACCUGGCGACUGCAGGAGUGGCUGUAAAAAAGCAACUUCACCAAUCCUGAGUGUUGGGAUUUCUUCUUUUAAAG